GCAGACGUACUUAGACAUCCAUGAAUAAUUAGACUGUGGACAACAAUACAUUUGAAAGGGUGCGCAUUGUGUAAACCGAUCGGUGUCGGUUGUCAGUUUCUCUCGUUGUUCUUGUAUACAUGACAAAAACAGGUGUAGUCUACAGCAGUUGGCAUAAAAUAUGUAUGGUCUCGACCACUAAGUGAUCGAAAAUUAAUUGAGCCACACCUUAUUGGCUGCUUAAAGUUUCAUGAACCACAGUGACAAACAAACAAGGCUAGAACAGAGAGCAGAGAGGUAGCUAUAGGCUUCUGUAAAGAAUGGCUAAAACAACACUAAUUGUGAUCAUUGCAGUUGCUCUAUUUUCUACUGCUGUGAGAGCUGAAUAUGUACUAACGGUCAAUUUUAUCAACUACACCAACCCAACCGGACUGUGUGCUGAAUGUGCUGUUCCACUGAGUAAUGUGGCAAGUGCUGACAAUUUAGUACCAGUGUGCUGUGAUGAUCAACCAUUCAGAAACACCAACUGUGACAACACAGGAGACGGGAGAUGUGACACCAGGUUCCGUUGGACCAUCAGACCAUUCGGUGCAUCACUGGAGACAAGACCUGUUAGUGUACCCAAUGCCCCUACACCUCCAUAUUCCUUCACUAACUGUAAUGGCCUGUCAGGAAGUACUUGCCCAUUCAGUGAAAUGAGCACAACAUUUGGUCAAGGUCCAACAGGUUUCCUCGGGGUAGCAGCCAAUCCUCUACCAGUAAUACCAAAAACGACUGCAUGGACAGGAAGGAUACAGUUCUUCAUAGAAGCCAUUGAUAGUGGACUACCGAACAUAAUAGACAGUCUGUUGAUUGACCUGGACAACCUCCAACUUGGAGCAGACUUCACAGAGGAGAUGACGUUCAAUGGAUUCCACAACAUAUCUCACAUGACCAUGAGCUUUAGAGUCGAGUGCUCUCCUGGUUUCUGUGGACCUGACUGUACCACCACACUUCAGAACAAUCCACAAGUGGCCGAAUGUCGAGCUGAUGGUUCCAUAACUUGUAUCAAUGACAGACUAGACCCUGAGGCAAGCUGCAACAGCUGCUUGGACUCAAAUUUCAACAUGGAUACAAACUGUGAAACUUGUGCUAAGCCAAAUUUCAACAAAAACGAAAACUGUAUGAGCUGUCUGCUUGGUUACGACAUGGCAAAAAAUUGCACACAAUGUCUACCUAACAGAGAUCCCUCAACCAAUUGCAGUUCAUGCUUCCCCAACUGGGGUAUCCUUUCAAAUUGUGCUAGUUGUAUGCCUAACAGAGACCUACAGACAAACUGCACUCAAUGUCUACCCAACAGAGAUCCCUCUACCAACUGCCAGUGUCUACCCAACAGAGACCCCUCUACCAACUGCAUCCAGUGUCUACCAGGCAGGGACAUCACCUCGAACUGUACUAGUUGCCUACCCAACAGAGAUGCCUCUACCAACUGCACCCAGUGUCUACCAGGCUGGGACAUUACCUCAGACUGUAUUAGUUGCCUACCCAACAGAGACCCAGUCACCAACUGCUCCCUCUGCCUACAACCAGACAGGUUCACUGAUACAGACUGCAGUGUGUGUGCUCUACCAGGAGGAGACCCAGCAACACUCUGUCAAACAUGCCUUUCUCCCGGGAAAGACCCGAACAACAAUUGUACCUGUAAAGAUAACUACGAUGAAAGUACAGAUUGCUCCACUUGUGUGCCUGGUUGGGACAGUAACUAUGACUGCAGUGUGUGUCUCACUGGGAGGAACAUGUCCACAGACUGCACCACCUGUAUCCCUGGUUACUCGGGAGAAGAAUGCGUACUAAUAGCAUUAAGAGCCCCUCCACCUGUAGACACAGUCAAGUUGAAUGCUGCCUAUGGUACUGUUAUCGGCGUCCUAUUGUUUGUGGUCAUAACACUGGCUAUCAUGGUCACCUUACUGGUGUGUUGUUACAGGAGAGAAUCCUACCAGAGAUCAGAAGACUAUGAGCUGGACAAGAAUGGAGCAGCAGCAAAGACUCAUGUCACCAUUGGAGACAGCAGAGGAGUGGUGGAGCUCAGCGAAGAAUUAAACGGGGAGAGCACUGAGCAGAAGGAGGAAAAAGAGAGCCAGAGAGCAGAAGAAUAGGCUAUACGUACAGAAACUACAAUCUGAAUGUGUAACUAUAAGCUUGUUGUGUACUGUGUUUGUAUAUUGUAUGCGUUCUUAUAUACGA